AUGCUUGAAACCGACGAUAAAAUCGUCGAAUUUCCUGAUGGAGGUUUCACAUAUUCUCAAUUCACAUCAGUCAAUGAUGUUUUCAGGUAACUUAUAUUAGAAUAUACGUUACACCCAUAUAAUUUCCAGGAAAAACUUUGCUGACAAUCUGGAACCAGCUGGCGCCUCAUUCGCAGUUUAUUAUAAAGAUAAAUUGAUUAUAAACCUCUUUGGGGGUUCACGGGAUUUGAAAAAUCAAUUGAAUUGGAAUAAGGAUACAAGAACUGUGAUAUUUUCAACCACAAAAAGUAUAUCGGCAAUUAUUCUUGCUCAUACACUGGACAGAAAUAAUGUUAGUUAUGAUACGAAGAUAUCAAGUUUCUGGCCAGAAUUUGGCAAACACGGGAAAGAGAAUGUCACAAUUCUAGAUGCAGUUUUACAUAGGGUAAGUCCGCCAAAACAUUUAUCAAAAAUUUGCCAAGCUUUUUCAGGGAAGAAUACCUUAUGAUACAACAAGCAUUCUAACUCGAGAAGACGUUUUGAAUCCUCAAAAAAUGUCUGAAUAUUUUGAAAAUAUGGAACCUGUUGGACCAGAAGGUUCAAUUAUUUAUCAUGCUUUAGCUUUCGGAUAUAUCUGUGAUCAAAUUGUGAGGAGAAUAGACAAGGAAAAACGAGGAAUUGUUGAGAUUUUGGAGAAUGAUUUUGUGCAAAAAUAUGGAAUUGAUAAUCUAUCAAUUGGUUUGAAAAACAUUGAAGAUAAUGAAAAUGUUGCUCAAUUGACUGAUUUAACAAUGGAAGAAGCUAGUAGACAAGGAGAAACUCAAGAAGAAGCUUAUCGACGAUGGAUGGCGGGAGAUAAUGAACACAAUGAAAAAUUGUAUAAAAAUUUUCCAUUUAUCACAACCGAUGACGUAAGCUUUUGUUAUCGUUUUUGAGCUUCAAAAAAAAUAUAUAUUCAAUUUAGUACAACGUUCUGGAAAACCGUCUUCUCCCGAUGCCAUCAAAUCUAGGAAUUGCAAACGCCCAAAGUCUUGCUCAUUUUCAUUCACUCGUUACAAAUCACAAAAUUUUAUCAGAGAAAUUUAUAAAAAUUUUGGAGAAACCAGUUUUAGAAAAUGCUUUUGAUUUGGCUAUUGGUUAUACUGAAAAUAAAGGUUACGGAUUUCAAUAUACAAAAAAUAUCAAGGCAAGUUUUUAUAUUUUCGAUAUAAAAAAAUCCAAAAUUUCCGUUUUCAGCUGUGUUAGUUUCACAAAAUGUUUUUCUUAUAAAGUAUAUUUCUCAAUUUCCUUCUCGAUGAAAUUUUAUAACUGGAUUAAACAACCCUAAAAAAUUUUUUAUGUGUUAUAUUAACAUCAUAAAACUACAAUUUGAGAAAACAAUAGAACUAUCAUAUUUUCAGGAUCAGUGGAUUUUCGGACAUUCUGGCUAUGGUGGUCAAAAUGUUCGAAUGGAUGUCUCAAACGGUUUAACAUUUGCAUACGUCUCAAAUGGCCUUAAAAUUUCCGAUGCGGAUAUGGUAACCACAUGGAAAAAUUUGAUAGAUGAAACGUAUCGUGUAUUUUUUAAUUUGUAA